AUGACGCCUGUUUGCCGCCUCCCAAAUGAAUACGCGAAGGGGGUCUGUGACCGUCCAUACAUUAGUGUCACCGAGGUCAUGAAGGGCCCGUGCGGCAGCGUGGGGAUGACCUUCCGGCACGUUCCGGCCAGCGAGGGCGACGCCGUGCACGUCAGCAUCGAGACGCCCCCCCUGGCUUCCACCUGCGAUUUGGACCUGUCAGUCCAGGACAGCAAGCUGGUGGAGGGCCGGCUCAAAGUGACCCUCAUCGAAUGUAGCAGAUUGUUCAUCCUGGGCUCCUAUGACAGAGAAACCUACAUCCACUGCACCCUGGAGCUGAGCAGCCACCAGUGGAAGGAGAAGACCCGCAGCUCCAUCAAACAGGUGCGUGUUUUUUCCCAUCUGCACCCCCUCCUCCUUUCUGUGUUUUCUGAUGGAUAUGGGGAGAUCUACCCCAUCACGCUGCCUGGGAAGGUGGCGUGCGUCCUAUACGCCAUGGUGGGAAUCCCCCUCAUGCUCCUGGUAAUCCUGGACGUGGGGGACUUCCUCGCCUUGGUGAUGUCCAGGGCCUACGUGCACAUCCACUCGCUCUUCAAAGCGCUCCGCUCUCGCAGCUGGUCGCCGUGGAAACGCGGGGGCAAGGCGGCGGACUCGGGCCGCUUCGUGCUCAGUCAGGACGUGGUGAUCCGCGAGCCCCUGGACCUCCGGCAGGUCCUGCGCAGCCAGGCCGACGUGCGGCACAAGUCCGUCCACCUGGAGAACAACCGGGAGAUCUUCGAGAAGAUCCUGGCCAGGGAGAACCUGAAACGCAAGGGUCCGCUUCUCAAAAGCCUGUCCUGCCCUGAACUGGACCAACUGCUACCAGCCCCUAAAGGAUACGCCAUAUGGGACUUCUCCGGGUUAGGGGAUGGCAUGGAAACCCUAGAUUUCCCCUUUAUCCUGAUCCUACUGAUUGUGUUUGCAUACAUCUGCCUCGGAGGUUUGAUUCUGCCGUUGUGGGAAACCGAAUUUGAAGACUUUGAUCCGUACUAUUUCUGUUUUAUAACUCUCACCACCAUUGGUUUUGGCGACAUCGUACCCAGACACCCGAACUACUUCAUGCUCACCUCGCUUUUCAUCAUCGUGGGCAUGGCUAUCAUGUCCAUGGCCUUUAAGUUGAGCCAAACGCGAAUCGUGGGCUGUUACCGCAAGUGCAUAAAGUUUAUUAGCAGAGGAAACGCAGAGACUUCCAAAGAUGAGGCCGACGUCUAA